UCCUCGUAGUCAUGCCCUUUGAUAGAAACUACUAGUGUCACUGCGCAUCCUUCCGACGGGUUCUUCCUUCGCUUCUACUGCUCAAUUCACUUUUCCCUCUUUCUUUUGUUACAUUUCUUCGCUCUAACAGUACUCAUUGCAUAAUUACAUUCUUUGUUCGGUUCUUGAAGUUGUAGCUGCUCUUUCCUCGCUCGCUCACUUUUGGGGAGGGUUUCUUUGCUCAUGCAAAGAUGAGUUCGUUCUCCAUUACAAGGAAAAAAACGCCAUUUCAGAAGCAUAGAGAAGAGGAGGAGGCAAAGAAGAAGAGAGCUGAAGACGAGACUGCCCGUUUGUAUGCCGAAUUUGUAGAGUCAUUUCAAGGGGAUAACGCUCCCGGGUCAAAGACCUUUGUUCGAGGAGGAACAAUAAAUCCCAAUGAUAAAUUGAAAGACGAUUCUGAGGGUGAAAAGUCCAAAGAUGGGGUAUCUGGUCCAAAGAAGGGAAGUAGGUAUGUACCGUCUUUUAUACCCCCACCAUUGGCAUCCAAGGGUAAAGAACCUGAAAGAAAAAAAGAGGAAGAAAAGCCUAAGGAAAAAGAGAAAGGAAAGUCAAGGAAUAUUGAUCAUUUUAUGGAGGAGCUAAAGCAAGAGCAAGAGAUGAGGGAAAGACGAAAUCAAGAUCGUGAACAAUGGCGUGAUGGGCGUCUUGGAGAGCAUUCUAUUUCCAGUCGUUUUGAUGAACUGCCUGACGAUUUUGAUCCAAGUGGAAAACUUCCAGGAUCUUUUGAUGAUGGUGAUCCACAAACUACAAAUCUUUACGUUGGAAAUCUUUCACCCCAGGUUGAUGAAAACUUUCUUCUGCGCACCUUUGGAAGAUUUGGACCUAUUGCUAGUGUGAAGAUAAUGUGGCCUAGGACAGAGGAAGAGCGAAGGCGGCAAAGAAACUGUGGUUUUGUUGCAUUCAUGAACAGGGUUGAUGGACAGGCUGCUAAAGACGAAAUGCAAGGAGUUGUGGUUUAUGAGUACGAAUUGAAAAUUGGAUGGGGAAAGUCCGUUGCCCUCCCAUCACAAGCAUUACCUGCACCUCCACCAGGGCAUAUGGCCAUCAGGAGUAAAGAGGGUAACACUGUUAUCUUGUCGGGCCCAUCAGGUCCACCAGUCACAUCAGUGCCUAAUCAGAACUCUGAACUGGUUCUUACUCCUAAUGUUCCUGAUAUAAUGGUUACACCUCCUGAGGAUGAACAUCUAAGGCAUGUAAUUGAUACAAUGGCUUUGUAUGUCUUGGACGGAGGAUGUGCUUUUGAACAAGCUAUUAUGGAGAGGGGUCGUGGCAAUCCCCUUUUCAGUUUCUUGUUUGUUCUUGGCUCGAAGGAGCAUACCUAUUAUGUUUGGAGACUCUAUUCAUUUGCUCAGGGUGAUACUCUUCAAAGAUGGCGAACUGAACCUUUUAUCAUGAUAACGGGUAGUGGAAGAUGGAUUCCUCCUGCAUUACCAAUAACCAAAAGUCCAGAACAUGACAAAGAAUCUGGCUCCACACAUGCUGCUGGAAGGAGCAGGCGUGUAGAACCUGAAAGAACACUGACUGAUGCACAGAGGGAUGAGUUUGAGGACAUGCUACGUGCUUUAACAUUAGAGAGAAGUCAGAUAAAGGGGACUAUGGGGUUUUCUUUGGAUAACGCCGAUGCAGCUGGCGAGAUAGUUGAAGUUUUGACAGAAUCCUUGACACUCAAAGAAACCCCUAUUCCUACUAAAAUUGCAAGGCUUAUGCUUGUCUCUGAUAUUCUUCAUAAUAGUAGUGCUCCUGUAAGAAAUGCAUCGGCAUAUCGUACCAAGUUUGAAGCUACGUUACCUGACAUAAUGGAGAGUUUUAAUGACUUGUAUCGGAGCAUAAUGGGGCGUAUUACUGCCGAAGCCCUUAAGGAACGAGUACUGAAGGUUUUGCAAGUGUGGGCCGAUUGGUUUCUCUUUUCAGAUGCUUAUGUUAAUGGCUUAAGAGCCACUUUCCUCAGACCUGGGAACUCUGGUGUAAUACCAUUCCACUCCAUAUGUGGUGAUGCACCUGAGAUUGAGCAGAAGAUCACUUCUGAAGAUGCUGUUGUUGGUGACAAGACCGACCAAGAUGCUGCAUUGUCAAUGGGUCGAGGAGCUGCAAUGAAAGAGCUAAUGAGUCUUCCUCUUGCUGAGCUGGAAAGACGGUGCCGACACAAUGGAUUGUCACUUGUUGGUGGUAGAGAAAUGAUGGUUGCACGGUUGCUAAGUCUUGAAGAGGCAGAAAAGCAAAGAGGUUACGAACUAGAUGAUGAAUUGAAAUAUCCCCUCAACCAAGCAAGUUCAGGGAAAUAUUCAAGUAGUCGGCGAGAAACAAGUGCAGAUCCUGAACCAAUGGGAAUAUCUGGAUUGAACCACUAUGGGGAGGAAGAUUCGCAGUUGCAAGGCAAAGGUUCUGCACCUUUAGCGCCAACACUUUCUAUUCCACAGCCUGAACUUAAAGCCUUCGCAAAAAGAGAGAAGAAUGAUCUGAUUUUGCCAGCUUCUAAAUGGGCUCGGGAGGAUGAUGAGAGUGAUGAUGAGCAAGGGAAAGGUGGAAAAAAUCUUGGGUUAAGCUACUCAUCUUCUGGUAGUGAGAAUGUGGGUGAUGGCCAUCUUAAAGCUGAUGAAUCAGAGGCUGUUGCUGAUUCAAGUUUUCCAGCUCAUGCUUACAGUGGAAUGAAUGAAGAGCAGAGGCAAAAGUUGAGACGCUUGGAGGUUGCUUUAAUUGAAUAUCGCGAGUCUCUUGAAGAAAGGGGAAUUAAAAAUUUAGAGGAAAUUGAGAAAAAAGUUCUGAUGCAUCGAAAAAGGUUGCAAGUGGAGUACGGUAUAUCAGAUUCUAGUGAGGAUGGUCAAGGCAGUAGUAGAACGUCUUCAGAGAGGAGGGAUAGGCACGAUGUCUCAAGAAAGCGACACCGCAGCCAUAGUCCAAGUGGUAGUCCACGACAGAAACCAUCAAGCAAAGACAGAGAUAGAGAAAGAGAUUUAGAACGGGAACGAGAAAGAGAAAGAAAAAGGGAUAAAAAUUAUGAUUUUGACAGUGAUAGAGGAAGAGACCGGCUCAGGGAGAAGAGUGGAAGCAGGGAGAGGGAUGAUUAUGAUAAGGAUAGAGGCAGGGACAGGGACAGAGACAGAGACAGGAGAAGACGUGCCAAAUAACAUUUCACUUGCUCUAGUUACAUAAUUGUUUGCAGAUUGUUUUGUAAGAGUUUGGACAGUUGGCUUUUUGUCAUCAGAGGGGAGAAUCUUGGUAUUGUGGUACCUGGUGGAAAGAUAGGAAUGAAAUGUCUGCCAGAAAAUUGUGUUGCUAAAGACAAUCUUGAGAAUCUGGCUCUUGAUAUCCCUAUAAAUUUACAGUGUAAUUUUAAGAUUUUAAAUCUUGUUAGUUUUGUGAACUAGUGAACGAUGCUGCACAUUCCCUAUGUAAUCAACAAGUUCUGUGAACAAGUCUCGAGUUAGUUCACAUGGAGAUUCAACUGACAUUUUUUUUA